GUGUAUAUUUUUAGAAAGAGCCUGACGUCAUGAAUCAAGUGCGGAAAAAUAUCAAAUUAGGAUCUGGUUUGGUUUUUGAAAAAGAUGAGGAAUGGAAGCGAGUGAGACGCAUUGUUUCUCCGACUUUUUCAAUCAAGAAACUAAAGCAGAUGAUGUCACUGGUUGAAAGAAAUUGUAAUAUUCUAAAGACUGUGUUUGACGGAAUUAGCAAUACAGGACAAAGUGUGAAUAUCCACAAGAAGGAUCUAUGGAUCCUGAAUUAAGAAAGCAUUUCACUACCCGCAUCUCUCAACUAAAUUCUGAGCUUCAGCAUUCAAAUGGAAAGCUAAUAUUCCUAGUAUCCCAGUGUAGCACAUUGAGUAAGCAGUUGUACCAGGCAGUGGCUUUGAAGACUAACCUCAGUCAUGAGCUGGAGACUGCCAGGGAGAGCAUUCAUCAACUGCAGGAUCAAAUGACUACUUUAUCAAGUGGUUAUGAAGGACAGUUGAGUGCUAUGUCUGAUCAUUUGUGUGAGCUAAGGGACAAACUGGCUAAGACUGAAGAAGGAUUUGAAAAUCCAAAGAAAGGAAGGAGAAAAAUGAAAUAGA